AUGUCAUCCCAAUCUCAACAAGUAUCCGAUAAUACUCCCUCUACACAAUCUGUGAGAUCGAAGGCUGAUCCUGCAUGGGAGCAUUGUGUUCAAGUAGCUAGCAAAAACCCAAGUGGCAAACCUCGCUUGAGAUGUAUGUAUUGUGCAAAAGAAUUUGGAGGUGGAGGGAUACAUAGAAUGAAACAGCAUCUUGCAGGAAUAAAAGGAGAUAUAAUAAGUUGUAAAAAAGUUCCGGCUGAUGUUUGCUUUCGGUUGGGAGAAAAUUUGAAAGAAAUUGAAGAGAAGAAAGGUAAGAAACAAGAUACAUAUGAAGAGGACAAUCCUUAUGGUCCUAGUGUCACACCAUUUGAAGGGGAUGCUCCAAAUUUGCAAGAGUUUCCUUCUACACAGAUUCAAACUCCUACUCAAACUACUCCAACUCCUACUCCUACUUCUACCUCAAGACCAUCUCAAGCUAUGAAAAGAAAGCCAUCUGCACCUAUAGACAAAUUUUUUGGCCCAAGGACAAGUCCAGGUGCACAACCGGGAAUUAGAAGCGCAUUUGCAGGUAAGGAAGCUGUGCAUAGAGCAGACUUAGCUAUGGCUAGGUGGCUCUAUGAUUGUUGUAUUCCAAUUAAUGCUGUUAAUUCUCCUUACUUCCAGCCUAUGAUAGAUGCUAUUGCAGCUAUUGGACCUGGUUAUAAAGGGCCAUCUUAUCAUGCCUUUAGAACCAAAUUACUGCAAGAUAUGAAAAAAGAGGUUCAAUUAUUAGUUGAUGAGUGUAGAGGCUUUUGGGCAGAAACUGGUUGCACAAUAAUGGCUGGUGGUUGGCAAGAUCAAAGAAAUAGACAAUUGAUUAAUUUUCUUGUUUACUGUCCUAGAGGAAUUGUGUUCAUUAAGUCUGUUGAUGCCUCAGAUAUUGUGAAGGAUGCUCAAACUCUUUGUAACUUAUUUUUGGAAAUGGUUGCAUUUGUUGGUGUGGAUAAUGUGGUGCAUUUGGUAACCGAUAAUGCAGCUAAUUAUAAAGCUGCUGGGAGGUUAUUAACUGACAAGCAUCCUUCUAUAUAUUGGUCUCCAUGUGCUACCCAUUGUUUAAAUUUGAUUUUAGCGGACAUUGGCAAAAUGGCUCUUGUUACUAGUUUGGCAUCAAGAGCUUCAAAGGUUUCAAAAUUCAUUUACAAUCAUGCAUUUUUGCUUGCCUGGCUGAGAAAAAGAGAAGGUUGGAAAGAAAUCAUCCGUCCAGGACCUACAUGGUUUGCUACCACAUUUAUUGCAUUAAAAAGUCUUCUUGAUCACAAGCAUGAUUUACAAGCCCUGGUAACUAGCAAGGCAUUUUUAGAUUCCAGAUACUGUAGAGAUCAGAGAGCCAAAGAUGUAACAUUGAUUAUAUUAGAUAACAAGUUCUGGUAUGAUUGUAAGAUUAUUAUUGAAGUUGUGAAACCACUUGUUUGGUUGUUGAGAAUAGUUGAUUCUGAUGAUAGGCCUUCACUUGGAUAUAUCUAUGAGGGGUCGCCGAUCAUUCCUCCAGUUCCGCCGUGCUUCUCCCAUGCUCUCCCUGUAUCGCUCUCCGCUAACUUUUCUCAAAAGCCAGAGGUUAUGAAUGGAUAUCUUACAAUUAUAAAUAGAAAAGUAGCUUCCAAUAAGACCAAGUUCUUGCAAGAAGGCACACAGUACCAAAAUAGAAGUGGUAGCUUUAGUCAUCCUUUGGCCCUUGAAUCUGCAAAAUCAAUGCGACCUGAUGAAUGGUGGCGAUAUUUUGGAGGUAGUUGUCCAAAUGUGAAAAAGUUGGCUAUUCAAUUGUUAAGCCAAACUGCAUCUUCAUCAGUUGUUAACAAGAACAAAACUUUUGAUCCUAUUGAUUAUGAAAGUAUUGAUAACAUUGAAUACUGGAUAACUGAAGAAGUUGAUUCUCCUCCACUUUCAACAUUUCGUGCUGAUGAGAUCGAAGAAGACAUCAUUUAUGAUGAUACAACACUACCAAUGCCAAAUGUUUUCAUCAAUGAAGAAGAUAAUUAUGAAGAGAGAGGCAAUGAGGCUCAAGUUGAGGAUAGAUGCUUUGACAUUGGAGUUGGAGCAGGUGUUAAUUUGGGAUCAUUUUCUCAACAAGACAUUGAUAGUCACAGUGCAGAGGCUGCAGACCCAGACGCCUUUUUGGAGACUCAUGCUUGGCUUAAUCAAGAUCCUCCAAUAUUUGACAAGUCAUGA